AUGUCGAUCGAAAGUAUUCUUUACGAUCCAAAUGAUCAGGAGUUGAAGGAGUCAAUGAAAUAUUUGGCACUAUCAACUGAAGAACGUAUUAAACUUCAGGCUCAACCUUUUGAUGGUAAAAAGCAAUGUUGGAUUCCUGAUGCAAAAGAAUCUUUUGUUGCUGCUGAAAUUACUGCUACAAAUGGUGAAGAAGUAACAGCUAAAACAGACAAAGGAGAGAGCGUUACAUUGAAAAAGGAUGAUGUACAGCAAAUGAAUCCACCUAAAUUCACUUGCUGUGAUGAUAUGGCUAAUUUAACAUAUUUAAAUGAUGCUUCAGUUUUAUAUAAUUUACGUGAUCGUUAUCAACGAUGGCUCAUCUAUACCUACUCAGGUUUAUUUUGUGUUGCUAUCAAUCCAUAUAAACGUUUACCAAUUUAUACAAUGAAGGUAGUCAUGAUGUAUCGUGGUAGAAAACGUACUGAAGUACCACCACAUUUAUAUGCUAUUUCGGACAAUGCUUAUUCGAAUAUGCUUCGAGAUCGUGAAAAUCAAUCAAUGUUAAUUACAGGUGAAUCAGGUGCAGGCAAAACAGAAAAUACUAAAAAGGUCAUUCAAUAUUUUGCAUUGGUUGCUGCUGCCGGUGCUAAGAAAGAAGAUGGAAAGAAAACAAUGACCCUUGAAGAUCAAAUUGUUUCAGCUAAUCCUGUACUUGAGGCAUAUGGUAAUGCAAAAACAACUAGAAAUAAUAAUUCUUCUCGAUUCGGUAAAUUUAUUCGUAUUCAUUUUGGAAGUUCAGGAAAAAUUGCUGGUGCUGAUAUUGAAGUUUAUUUACUUGAAAAAGCUCGUGUCAUUUUUCAACAACCAGCUGAACGUAAUUAUCAUAUUUUCUAUCAAAUAUGUUCAAAUGCUUUUCCGGAAAUUCAUAAGGAAUGUCUUAUUGAAAAUGAUCCAGGAAAAUAUCAUUAUGUAGCACAAGGUAUGCUUACUAUUGAUAAUGUUGAUGAUGCAGAAGAAAUGAGAAUUACUGAUGAAGCUUUUGAUAUUCUUGGUUUUACAAAAGAAGAAAAACUUAGUAUGUACAAAUGUACAGCAGCUAUUAUGCAUUUUGGUAAUUCUCAAUGGAAACAACGACCACGAGAAGAACAAGCUGAAGCAGAAGGAACUGAAGAUUGUGAAAAAGUUGCUCAUCUUCUUGGUAUUGAAGCAGCUGAACUUAUCAAAGGUUUACUUAAACCACGUAUCAAGGUCGGCAAUGAAUAUGUUAAUAAAGGUCAAAGUAAAGAUCAAGUUACUAACUCAAUUGGUGCUCUCUCCAAAUCCAUCUAUUCACGUAUGUUUAAUUGGUUAGUCGAGCGUGUUAAUGUAACGCUCGAUGUUAAAGCUAAACGACAAUAUUUUAUUGGUGUACUUGAUAUUGCUGGUUUCGAAAUUUUUGAUUACAAUGGUUUCGAACAAUUAUGUAUCAAUUAUACAAAUGAACGUCUUCAACAAUUCUUCAAUCAUCAUAUGUUUGUUUUAGAACAAGAAGAAUAUAAAAAAGAAGGCAUACAAUGGGAAUUUAUUGAUUUUGGUAUGGAUUUACAAGCUUGUAUUGAUCUUAUUGAGAAGCCAAUGGGUAUUUUAUCCAUUCUUGAAGAAGAAUGUAUUGUACCAAAAGCUACAGAUAAAACAUUUGUUGAAAAACUUUAUAAUAAUCAUUUGGGUAAACACCCACAAUUUGGUAAACCAAAACCAUCUAAAACCAAGGCAGACGCAAAUUUUGAAGUUCAUCACUAUGCUGGUUCAGUUCCCUAUACAGCUACAGGUUGGCUUGAAAAAAAUAAAGAUCCUAUCAAUACGACUGUUGCUACUCUUUUUGCUAAAUCAAAAAAUCCAAUGUUAAGUCAUCUCUAUGCUGAUGUUGUUGAAGAAGAAGGUGGCAGAUCUAGUGGUAAAAAGAAAGGCGGCAGUAUGCAAACUAUUUCAGCUACUCAUCGUGAACAAUUGAAUAAAUUAAUGUCAAAUUUAAAACAAACUCAUCCACAUUUUGUUCGUUGUAUUAUUCCAAAUGAAGUUAAAACUGGCGGAGUACUUGAUUCACAUUUGGUUCUUCAUCAACUUCAUUGUAAUGGUGUACUUGAAGGCAUUCGUAUUUGCCGUAAAGGUUUUCCAAAUCGUAUGAUUUAUUCAGAAUUUAAACAACGUUAUUCAAUAUUAGCACCAAAUUCAAUACCAUCAGGAUUUGUUGAUGCUAAAAAAGCAACAGAAAAUAUUCUUAAAGAUUGUCAAUUAUCUGAUGAAUUAUAUCGAUUAGGUACAACAAAAGUAUUUUUCAAAGCAGGUGUUUUAGGUCAACUUGAAGAUAUGCGUGAUCAAGCAUUAUCAAAAAUAAUUGCAACAUUACAAGCACAAAUACGUGGUUAUAUUAUGCGUAAAGGUUAUAAGAAAAUGUUAGAUCAACGUUUAGCAUUAUCUGUUUUACAACGAAAUUGUCGUAAAUAUUUAUCAUUACGUAAUUGGCCAUGGUGGAAAUUAUAUACGAAAGUAAAACCAUUAUUAUCUGUUGCACGACAAGAAGAAGAAAUGAAAAAACUUGAAGAUGAAUAUAAAGCACUUAAAGAAGCGUUUGAAAAAGAAGAAAAACGACGUAAAGAAAUUGAAGAAAGCAAUGCAAAAUUAGUUCGAGAGAAAAAUGAUAUGUAUUUACAAUUGGAAGCUGAACGAACAAAUACAUCGGGAGCUGAAGAACGUCUAGCACGUUUAAUAACACAAAAAGCUGAUCUUGAACAACAAGUUAAAGAUAUGGAAGAACGUAUUGUUGAAGAAGAAGAUGCAACAUCUGAAUCAAAUAAUAAACGUAAAAAACUUGAACAUGAUAUUGAUGGUUUAAAAAAAGAUAUUGAUGAUAUGCGUUUAAAUUUACAAAAAUCUGAAAAUGAAUGUAAAACACGUGAUAAUCAAAUACAUACAUUACAAGAUGAAAUGGCACGUCAAGAUGAAACAAUAGCUAAAAUAACACGUGAACGUAAACGUCUUGACGAACAAAAUGCCAAGACAACAGAACAAUUACAAGCUGAAGAGGAUAAAGUUAAUCAUUUAAAUAAAUUAAAGAUCAAACUUGAACAGACACUUGAUGAAUUAGAAGAUAGUUUAGAACGUGAAAAGAAAGCGCGUGCUGAUUUAGAUAAAUCCAAACGUAAAAUAGAAACCGAUCUUAAAUUAGUACAUGGUAAUCUUGAAGAUUUAGAACGUGUUAAACGUGAAUUAGAAGAAAAUCUUAAACGUAAAGAUCAAGAAAUACAAUUAAUGGGUGGACGUCUUGAAGAUGAACAAGGACAAGCAACAGGUCUUGGUAAAAAAUUAAAAGAAUUACAACAACGUAUUGAAGAAUUAGAAGAAGAAUUAGAAAAUGAACGGCAAUCAAGAAAUAAAAUUGAAAAACAACGAGCGGAUUUAGCACGUGAAAUUAAUGAAAUGAAUGAUCGAUUGGAAGAAGCUGGUGGUGCAACAUCAACACAAGUUGAAAUGAAUAAAAAACGUGAAGGUGAAUUAGCUAAACUUCGUCGUGAUUUAGAAGAAGCUAAUCUUCAACAUGAAGCAACAGCUGCACAAUUAAGAAAAAAACAUCAAGAUGCUGUUAAUGAAAUGGGUGAACAAAUUGAUCAAUUAUUAAAAUUAAAAAAUAAAUUAGAAAAAGAAAAACAAAUGACAAAAUCUGAAUUUGAUGAUUUACGUACACAAGUUGAACAUUUUCAAAAAGGUAAAAUAACAGCUGAAAAACUUUCCAAACAAUUAGAACAACAAUUAAAUGAUCUACAAAUUAAACUUGAAGAUAGUCAUAGACAAAUUAAUGAUUUCAAUCUUCAAAAAUCAAAAUUAGUUACAGAAAAUUCAGAUUUAAUUAAACAAGUUGAAGAAUUUGAACAUCAAAUUAGUAUAUUACAAAAAUCAAAAGUUGUAUUACAACAACAAGCUGAUGAAGCGAAACGUGCUUUAGAAGAUGAAACACGUGGUAAAGGUUCAGUUCAUUCACAAAUACGUAAUUUAACUGCUGAUCUUGAUCAGACACGUGAACAACUUGAAGAAGAACAAGAAAGUAAAGUUGAAUUUCA